AUGAAAAAAUAAAAUAAUGUUAAAGCUAAAGUUUAGAAAGUUUUAAAACCCUAAGCCCGUUUUAAGAAUUAUGACAAAAAAAAUCCAAUUCUAUCAGCAUAUUUUUUAUAUUUGGAAGAGGAAAGAUGGAAAUCUGUAAGAGAUUAAUCAAAAUUGACAAUGAAUUAAAUAGUUAAACAAGCAUAGUAAUAUUUGUAUUAUAAUUAGUGAUAAUUUUAACUUCCAUUUAACAAAUGAAUAGAAGGAUGUAUUUUAUGAAAAGGCUUAAUAAAUAAAGAAUGAAUCAGAUGCCAAAGAAUAUUUAAAAAUGUUAGAGCAAACAUACACAAUUUAAAAAAAAAUCAAAAAAAUCAAACAAACACCUUAAUUAAAAAUGAAAAAAUGA